AUGGCAACUUCGAAACUAGUUGUUUUUGGUCAUACACGCAACCUUCGAGUGCAUCAUUGCGAUGUUAUAGCACGCCCAAAUGGUCAAGGACACGUCCAAGAAUGUCUCAAGAGCUUGAAGGAUGCAAAUGAAAGUCUUACUGGGAUUGGAAUAUUGACAAGAGAAGAAUGUCCAAAUGUGUUCCAGAUGCCUCUUCACUACCCAAGGUACACAAUAGCAGAUUAUAAGAAAAUGGAGGAGUGGAAGCUUGACAUGCUUCCCAGUGAAUAUGGACUUUGUUUUAAGGGUACCCUAGAUGAGAAAAGGGCAUUUCGCAUGGGAGCAUUCAUGUGGCCGGAUCAUCUUUGA